AUGUAUGGAAUAAAGGAUUUGGAGAGUUCGUCAAAAAAUAUAGAUUUGGAGAGUGGAACCAUUCUCCCAGUAAAUUCUCAAUGGCCCUUCAUUCGUAAGGUAUACUCCAUCAUCACCUUUCAGAUGCUACUCAACAUUGCGGUUGCCUCCGUCGUUGUUUUCGAUCAACCUGUUGCCAAUUUCUUCGCCACCACCACACAAGGCUUGGUUCUUUACAUUGUUCUUAUCUUCGUGCCCUUCUUAAGGAAAGUAAUUCUAGAAUCUCUCAUAUUGACUACUUCGGUUGUAUUUUGCUGGACUCUUUAUACAUUUUGGGCUGAAAUAAAAGGUCAUAAUUUCAGCUUUUUCAGCUCUUUGGUCCUAUUUUUGUUGGGAGUUUUGUUGGAUUUUAUACUCUUUACCCUUAUUCAGGUUCUACAUCCAUUGGAUAAGUUGUCACAUAUGAUUUAUGGGUGUCUUGGAGCUAUUAUAUUUUGUGGCUACAUAGUAUUCGACACACACAACCUAAUCAAGAUAUUCUCAAUUGAUGACUACAUUGUGGGUUCGACUUUCAUGUAUCUAGACAUCAUCAACCUCUUUGUCUAUCUACUUGAGAAUUUGUUUGAUCUACUUUGUAUUUGUCAUUAUGCUGAUUGUAAUUGUCUGGGUUGUGGCGAUUGUUUUUAUUGUGGCGAUUGCGGUGAUUGUUGUGGUGAUUGUCUUGAUUGUUGUUGUGAUUGUUUUUGUGAUUGUGGUGAUUGUGGUGAUUGUGAUGGUUGCGGUGAUUGUGGUUAUUGA